AUGAAGCACAUCGCCGCCUACAUGCUCCUUGCCCUUGCCGGCAACGAGUCUCCCUCCGUUGCUGACAUCAAGGCUGUCCUCUCCUCCGUCGGCAUUGACGCUGAGACCGAGCGCCUCGAGAAGCUCAUCGCUGAGCUCGAGGGCAAGAACCUCCAGGAGCUGAUCGCUGAGGGUUCCGCCAAGCUCGCCUCCGUUCCCUCCGGUGGUGCUGGUGCCGCUGCCGCUGCCCCCGCUGCCGGUGGUGCCGCCAACGAGGCUGCCCCCGAGGCCGCCAAGGAGGAGGAGAAGGAGGAGUCCGAUGAUGACAUGGGAUUCGGUCUGUUCGACUAA